GUCUGGGAUAUGUUUGCUGCAAAAGAGGGCUAAGUGCAAUGCUUCUGUGAAAAUAUGUGACAUUGUAACAUCUAUUAUUAUUUAAAUUGUUUGUGAUUACGGUAUAUUCAUGAUUUUCAAUUUAUCAUAUUUGUGUUACGCGCCAUUUCUCUGACAGUUCGUGUGUGCGUUACGGCGUGCCGUGGUCCUCUUCUGUUUCCUUGAAAGUUCAAUUGUUAUGUUAAAAAUAAUAAUAAAUUUUCAGUAGUUUUAGAAAAUUAUAUCCAAGAACAAAGAAGAUGAGUGAAGGCGUUCCAGAUAUAGCAAUUCUUGAGUCUUUCAUAUUUGAUCCCCAAUGCCAGAAACUGGAAGAUGUCCUACAGGAAGAGUCGUACCCCCAACUCGAUACAAAAAUGAUCAUACCAUCGAAUGUGUUGUCUACUGAAGAAUAUCCUGGUCCAUAUCAGUUUGAAGUGUGCAUUAUUCCUGUUGCCUCUAAACAGCCAUGGGUGUACUCAGCUGCCCUAAAUAAAGUCUACAUGGAUAUGCUAAAUCCCUUUCCAAUCGACUUCAAGAUUAAAGGUGGAGGAAAUGAACUACUUUUUGUUAGAGCAACGCCUAAGUAUUCACAUCCUAAUUACUAUCAUGAUCUCGUCACUAGGUGCAUUAAUCACGAGCAUGAACAUGAGAAAUCUAACAAGGAUAUAAAGGACGCACUUCAUCGACAGCACAUAAUUCGAUGCCACAACCCAAACACAUAUUAUGUAGGCGAUAAAACUAAAAACGAACGUUUAAGCGUAUUAAUUCCUCUGUCACAACCUGAACCAGGUUCUGAUAGUGUUAAGGAAAUGUAUGAAUUUGUUUGCAAGAAUUCUUGUCCCAUGCCUGGAAUGAAUAGAAGACCUUUAGAAAUUAUAUUUACGUUGGAAAAUAUGAAUUGUGAAAUUUUGGGACGACGCGUUUUGAAUGUGAGAAUAUGCUCCUGUCCCAAGCGCGAUAAGGAAAAAGAAGAGGCAGAACAUAACUCUCCCAAUAAUCCUGUGCCUCAUGGAAAAAAGAGAAAAUUAUCUUCUGGUAAGAUAGACAAAAAAGUCAAUGCCCCCUCAGACACUGGUAAAGAUACCAAAAUUUACACGCUAACGCUAAAAGUUGCUGGAAAACAUAAUGUCCAGCAAAUUUUAAAAUAUGCUCAUGACCUAAUGGCUGGGGAAAUACUCCGAGCACCUCAGGGGACUGAAGGACCUUUCAAAAAGUGUCUCACAGAACUGAAUCAACAAGGGAACUGAAAAAGUGGGUGCCAAACACUUCUGCAAUACACAGGGUGCAUAUAUAAUUGACUUCCUCGAGCCAUCGUUUUAGUAUAAAUUUAUAUAUACAGAAUCACCUUGUAGUUUAAUGUAAAGGUUAAGGCUUCAUGACCAUUGUUUGAGUAUCUAUAUUAGUUUAUUGGAAUUAUUAUACAAAACGUUCUAGGAGGACUCAGAUUAAUAGAAAUAAAUUCCAAUAAACGUAGACCUUCAAUCCCGAACAAAUAUAGAUACACAUCUUGUAGUUGAUAGUUAAAAUUUUAUAUAUAUUUUUUUACUUUAUCACAUUUUUAUAUGUGUAGUAUUAAUUACGUUUUUUUAUACAAAUAAUGUAGUCCUAAACAUCUAUACAAAUAUAUACAAUAUAUAUAUCUAAUCAAAAUUUUGUUAUUCAAGUGAAAACCAGUAUUUUUUACAUUGUUGUAGUUUUUUUUUUUUUUGAAAAUAUACAGAGUAUUCUGUAAGAAGGGUGCAAUUUAAUAAAUGUAAUAAAACUUAUCUAGUUCAAAAGAUUUUAAAAACCGUGAUACUGCACGUUAUGAAUUCAAAUUUCUUCCAAUUUUUUAUUUAGACAGCUUCAUAUAACUCUUUAUACAAAAUUUUACCCAUAUUAUAAUAGAAUUUAUUAAUAAUAUCAAGGAAUUUAUUUUUUAACUUCUCAAUAUAUAGAUCGAAAAGCGUUUGAUCCGAUUGAUUUUUGAGGGAGACAUCAUGCAUGAUUUAUUGUCUAUCAUACAUCCUGUCUCUCAAAAUCCAGUCGGAUCAAAUAUUUUUCGAUCAUUAUAUGCAUUUGCUAAGAUAUAUAGAUUAAAACCUUUUGAAAACAGUAUAGCUUUCUUAAAGGACACUCUGUAUGUUAUAUAGCAAAAUUUUUAAAUGUUUAUGUAAUUAAUUUUGUUUUGGUGUACUUAAAUUGGUGAGAUACAUUGGUCAUUAAAAUGUAGCUAGUAAAUUUAUUGGUAUAAACUUUUUAAUUGACUCACUUGUUCACCAAUUUAUUUUAAAUUAAAAUUAAAUUUAAUUUAUUUUGUUAUUAAAAAUCAUGUGAUUUAUUAUUUUUAGGCAUCUUUUAAGACGGAUUUUUAAGAUCUUUUUAUAUUUAUGUAUGCAGUUAAAGCAGAAAAGUGCAAUUAACGUGAACAAUUUCAAUUUUUUAAAUAUAAAGUUUACGUCUUGUACUAUUUGGCAAUCUGUUAUAUCAUUUUUUGUAUAUUUUUCAAUAAGGUCCUAUGCCAUUAGCAGAAUGUCAUACACAUCAUAACUUAUGUGCCAAUGAAUUUAAUGUUAUUAGCGAUAUCGUGAUUUUUCAUAUUCAACUUGUUCUAAUAACUUUUAACAGUCAUUUCCUGUGAUUUUUAAAUAUCAGUCCCAUGAUAUUUCGCUCAAAUCUUCACAAUGUAUAAUAUUAAGUUCUUAAUGGCAUUAUUAUUCCUUAAAUGGUUCAACGAUCAAGGAGCUCUUAAUGGACUACAUCUAGGUUGCCAAACCGUGCUUUUUACAAGGGCGCAUUUAUUUUAUGUUCAACUAUUUUUGAAAAAUAAAUAUUCUUUUAUAGUU